AUGGCAAAUCCAAUGACUCGAAGACGAUAUCAACCGAAUAAUCGUCGAUCGAAACCCACGAUACCCACUGCUAAUGAGAGUGAAACAAAUUCAACAUUAUCCCAUGAAAUAUUCGAUGAAUGUGAAAAAUUAAAACAAAAACUACUUUCCUUACCGAAUGGUAAUCCAGAAACUCGGUUUCAUCGACAGGAAUUACUUGAUCAAUACAAUCAAUUAAUUCUUGUCGAUCUGGACUUUGCAAUCGAGAAGAAAAUCGAACACGAUCUAUGGACUAUCAUUUUCAAAAAUGAAAUCAGCUCCAAACAAGACCAAGUAAAAGAAAACCAUCAACAUCCAAUGAAACGAGCAGAAAUUCAAACAAGCUUACAAACUUUCUAUGAAUACGCCAGAGGAUACUACAUAAAAUUGUUACAGGAUGUUGUUCAUUCGUACAAUUUCGAAAAUUCAAUCUGUAAAUUAACAUUUCCAUUCCUACAACGCCGUUCGCAAUCGUCCUAUUCGACUCGUCAGUGUAAAGAAGCGUCCAUGCUCUAUUUCAUCCAGCAUAUUCUCGUUCAUGUCGGUGAUUUGAAUCGUUAUUCAAAUCAUAUCGACCUCGCGAAAACAUUCUACCAAUAUGCCAUUCAGACAAUUCCAUGUUUAGGUCAACCAUACAAUCAAAUCGCGAUUUUGCACGAAAUGAAAAAUCCUCUUUCACUAUUGACACCUGGACAAAACCAACUAAUUACCGCAUACUAUUAUGUUCGAAGUAUUGCGAUCAAAGUGACAUUUCCACUGGCAAUAUCAAACCUAGAGAAGCUCUUUCAACGUUUAAAAGAUUUUCCAUUAUCACGUUACGAACAAACAUCACCACACAAUGAAUUCUUAACAUUAUUCUUACAAAUCAUUGCGAUGAUUAAUUUAGAAUCGAAUCUGGAAGGACUUCAACCAUUUCUUGAUCUUUUCCGCAAAUUAGUCAUCAAAAAUGUUCACCAAAGUCAAUUCAUUCAGAUGAUUUCCAUUCUGAUGUUCACAUUACAUCGAACGUUAAGUUUAUUACCGCGUGCUACACCCUCAAAACAACCCGAAAUACAAUUCAAUUUUGCAUUACAAGUCUUGAUUUUAAUUCUUGAACAAUGUUUAGAAGUCAUACAAUUGCCAUUGUCCAUGAUGAUCGUUGACGAGCAACACAUCUUGCCUCUCGUUUAUUUAACAUUUGCAUACUUGGCAAAUAUAUUUAAAUCGAAAACCGAUUUGUUUGAUCAUCAGGUUUUCAAACAGAAGCCAACCAUGUGGAAUUCAUUAGCAAAACUACUAAGAUCAUUCGGAGUCUACGCAACGAAUCUGGAAAUGAAUAAAGAUAAGAAUCAAACGAGCGGAUCGUUAUUCAAUAGAUAUAGUGAUUAUCCGUUAACUGAAGAACGUACAUUGGAAUGUUUUACACCAUUAAAUGAGGUUUUGAAAGCAUAUAAUUUCAAGAAAUAUGAUGGUAAUGAUACAGCAAAUGAAGAAUUAAGUGAAAAAGAUGAGAGACAAUUACGGAAGUUGCGUUUAGUUGCUAUUUUGAGAACUUUAUCUCAGAAAGUCGAUGAGAAAACGAAAAACAAGCUGUUUGAACAUUUAAUUACUUAUGUGAAAGAUGAUGUCGUUUAUUUCGAAUCAUCAUCAUUACCGACAAUACCACAAGUGCCUACAUCCAAUUUCGGUGUGCCGGGUGAUCGACGAACAAUACAGAAACCGUCCAACGACGAGGGUCGAAUGUAUAAUUCUAAUGGCGCAGUCGUUAAAACACCACGUGGUGGACGUAAUGUUGCUUUGAGACAGUUCUUUGAACCUGCAAUGGCCGCUGCUGAAUCAGCAUCGAAAGAUCGUCUGAUGAGUCCGAGCCAUUCGUCCAAUGAUGCAGUUGCAAAUCUACCACCUCCUCCUCAUCUUCUUGAACAUCCAGGUGCUUGGCCACAGUUAUCGUCAGUAUCAGAGCCAAAAAAUCUCUUUCAAGCGCAGUCAUCAGAUCCAACUGAAUCACAAUUCGAUUCCGUUUGGAAGAGCACUGUCGAUCCGAAAGACCAAUUUAGCUUCCAGCCAUCAUCGUCGCCACAACAAAUCCUUGCGCCUGGCUUAAUGUUCUCCAAUUCAUUGACAAAAACCAACUUCAAACCAUAA